AUGUCAGCGUUGUUCAGGAACCGAUUCAAGCCCGGUAACGAUGCUGAUCGAGGCGCAUCUACCACGCAAUCCGUAACGGCCAGCGGCAAUGUCCAGGUUUCGGAUGGAGAUCUCAAGUACAUCGGAGAACAGGGCGGUAACAGCUCAGCUGUUGGAUACCAAGAGGCGAGCGGAGCACCCGUAGAAACGCAGUCGCCCUUGGGAUACAAUGUCGGGCCAAUUACUAUUAUCUUUUUGAAUCUGUCGAAGAUGGUCGGAACGGGUAUUUUCUCAACACCUGCCUCGAUUUUGAGCGGCACAGGAUCCGUAGGGCUCAGUCUGAUCAUGUGGACACUCGGGUUCUUCACUUCGGCAUCCUCCCUAUCCGUGUACCUGGAAUAUGCAGCAUAUUUCCCAUCUCGGUCUGGUUCCGAAGUCGCAUACCUGGAACAAGCAUAUCCUCGCCCAAAGUGGUUCUUUCCGACAGCUUUUGCGACCCAGAAUGUCAUCCUGUCCUUCAGUUCUGGUAAUUCGGUCGUCAUGGCCAAUUAUUUGUUCAAGAUCGGCGACUAUGAAGCUAAGGACUGGGAGACGAAGGGACUCGCAGUCGCCUGCUACACUUUAGCCGUGGCAACUGUCUUGUUUAAUACCAAAUGGUCCUAUCGAAUCAGCAACGUGAUUGGUGGGAUCAAGCUUAUUACCUUGAUUUUCAUCGCCAUUGUCGGACUGGUCGUGAUCGGAGGUCACACUAGUGUUGAGAACCCGACAGCGCAAUUCCAAAACGCUUUCGAGGGGGAUGCAUCUGCAUACGGCGUAACCAACGCUAUGUACAAGAUCAUCUUUGCAUAUGCGGGAUAUGAGAACGCCUUCAAUGUGGUCAAUGAGGUCAAGAACCCGGUCAAGAGCAUCCGCAACAAUGGAUUUGCCGCAGUGUUGGUCGUUACGAUUCUCUACAUCCUGGCCAACGUUGCAUACUUUUCUGCAAUUCCCAAGGACGAGAUCAUCGCAGGCAGGACUAUCGCUGCUGGACUGCUGUUCACAAAAGUGUUCGGCGACCAUGGUGCUGUGAGAGGUCUCAACUUUCUCAUCGCACUCAGCUCAUUCGGAAAUCUGCUCACUGUCUUGAUCGGAUCAUCGCGGAUGAUUCGAGAGUGCGGACGUCAAGGAGUGCUUCCAUGGCCAAAGUUCUGGGCUUCAACCAAGCCAUUCGGCACCCCGGCUGGACCAUACUUUGUCAAAUGGGCUCUUACGGUGCUCGUCAUCUUGGCUGUUCCUGCUGGAGACGCGUUCUCAUUCAUUACCGACUUGCAGGUCUAUCCUUCGUCGUGUUUCAACUUGGCAAUGGCUCUUGGUCUCUACAUCCUGCGUUAUCGCCGGAAGAAGCUGGGUCUCCCGAGGGCAUCCUUCCGCGUCUGGGAUGUAGUGCUGGUGUUCAACAUCUGCGUCCAGUUGUACCUCAUCAUCAUGCCAUGGUAUCCACCAGAUGGAGGUGCCACCGGAGGAGAUGUCAGUUUCUGGUACGGAACGUACAUUGUGGUGGGCAUCGCGAUAUUGCUCAUUUGUGCGUUGUACUAUGUUGUCUGGAUCAUCUGGAUCCCCAAGGUCAAGAAAUACGAAGUGCGACAAGAAAUUAUCGAUCUCGGCGAUGGUGCACAAUCGCAUGUAUUGGUGAAGGUGCCGUAUGAUCAAGUUGAGGAGUGGGAUGCCGUACACGAUGCGACUGGACGCAAGUUCGACCACGCCCAGCUGAGCGAGUCGAGCUCGCAGGACGAGAAGAUUACUGUGCAUCCAGAAGCAAAGGGUGUACAGAACUUUGCAUAG